AUGCCAGUUCGAGUGGCCGGAAAGGCCAUACUUGAUCUGGGAUAUCUCCAUACGAGGGUGAGAACUAUUGAAAAGCGAGAUGAAUUUAUUAGAAAGUAAAAUUUUGCAGGUCAACACAGAAGAACUGUUCGCCGGAGACAAUCCUAAAAUCUAUUCCGAGCUUGAGCGAACUCUGAAUGCUUCCGAACAGUAUCUGAAUGACAGUGACACCGUCAUAUUCGCGACUGCCACCUUGAAGCGAAUUCUAAUUAUCUUUCAGUAUGUCUACCACUGAACGCGAGAUUCUUUACUAUAACCUUCAGAACUGCCAAACAACCGCUCCCUAUUCGUUAUUGGAAUAAAAUAGUUCUUCAUAUCAAGCGAGUCUGGGACUAUUCAGCAGACUGUGCAUGUUAUGACGCUGUUGAAACGUUCACAUCUCUUUUGGCACUUCAUCUUGGAAGCUGUAACGAGUGUCUCGAAAGAGCACCUAUCGACAGCCAUGCUAACUGUGACUGGAUAAAUGAGAUCACACAGUGGCUUCUAGAGCCAACUUCGUUGUGCCGAUCAAGAUUCAAAUGCAUAAGUCAUCUUGUUGCUCAGUGCCCAACAUUGCGCCUUAACCUCGGGGAAGAUUUCUUCCGGAGAGUUUAUCCAUUGCUGACGAACCCCUCAUUUUCAACUGUCAUUGGCCAACUCAUUGUUGAUAAUAUUUUUGAUCGAGACGAACUGUGGGACUUACAUUGUGAUCUUCUUCUUUGCUGUACAGCUGCACAGGACCCGAAACUCAUCAAAACUCGUGUUAUUCCCAUGUUGCAAAAAUAUCAGUCGUCAGAUUCUGUGGGCAAGAAAAAGACCAACGAUUCGAAACAAUCGGACACAGCGGUAAAAUUUCUCAACCAACUUCUUAAUCAGUUGAAUGGUAAGAUUUUUCAGUUGAAAAAAUUAAAUUUCUGGUUUCAGGUCAACAACCGGCCAGCGACUUGCAAUUACAUCUGGAGAUCGUGCAUGCACUAGUAACAACAACGUGGCCACGAAAACCAGAGAAACGAGGCGAACAUUUGAAUCUUGUAGACUUUUCGCAUUGGACUCAGUGCCUGUCUGAGACAUUAAUGUCAAACGCAAUUUUCCACGUUGAUUCUGAAGUACGAACAGUAGUUUUAUAGUCUUUCUCAACUUUUUUUCAGGUUCGUUUAUCUGCAUUCCGACUUCUCGUGGAGAACCCGCGAAAAACGCUGAUAUUCAAUGAAACUGACAUCGAAUUCAUAAAGGCGUUCCUGGACUCAAACAUGACGUUCCAGACACCGAGUGCUCGUCAUUCUUUGAUUUCUGCAUUCAAGUGCAUGUGUCAGAGACUCGGGGCGUCUGCCGAAAACUAUCUGAAAUCAGUUCAGACGUCUGACAGAGACUCUGAUUCGUUCAGCCCUGAUUCUUCUACGUUUGACUAUGACAAUCGUGCGAUCUCGAAAUGGAAGCUAGGAGGCGAUACAAACAUUCAUCCAGUGCCUGAUUCUUACUUUCAACUUACAAAAUGGAUGGCUAAGCUUGCUUUUGAAUCAUUGUCUUCUAAAGGAAGCUAUUUUCGUCGUAUCAUGGCUUUAAUGCAAAUUGACGUUCUUUACACAAAAGAAAGCUUUAUCAUUGAUGGAAAAAGUAAGGUAUCAAAUAUUAUCUAUUUUAAUUAAUAGAAGUCCAGAACUUUUUGCUGACAAGCUGAAUCUCGACAGCACGCUCGGAUCAGACCGUCAUACAUUGGUUGUUGAUUGCCUUGACGACUCAUACGAAAUUGUUCAAUCAACGGCGCUGAGCAUGCUGAAAAAAUUGGAUUUUGGAAACGUCAAACUGGACGAGGAAAUUUGUCUUAGUGAAGCAAUGAAGUUAAUGAAUUCGACUCGAUCGAGAAGCUCAUUAUCAGCCGGAUAUCGUAUCCGAUAUUAUCUCGCCAAGAAUCCAGAACGAUAUGAAGCGUUUCUGGAGCGGUUCAUUACCGACUUGAAAUAUCGGGUAGAUGCUACCACUAAGGAUCUGGUGAGUGUUUUUUCAGUCCAAAAACUAUUUUUGUUUUGUUUAGAUUAACAUAACCAAACUGCCACUCCAUCCAAUUUUGAACAUCUUGGAGUUAUUGCUCAAGAAUCCUAGCUGGGAAAAGACGGCGUUGGAGAAAAUUUCGUUCUAUCGUACUUCGAUUCUGGAUAACAUACUUCCCAUAUGUCAUCAAAUCGUGUCAGUUGUCACGCCAGUAGUAUACAACAUGUCCCCGGAGGGCUGCAUUCCUCUAGAAAUCUCAGAAUCGCUCUGCAAUGAAUCAGCCACUGCAUUGACUGAAAUUUCACAGCAUCUUCUUGUUUGUUGCUGGCGAGCUCACAAGCAUGUGUCUGGAAUGUUUUCCUGGAUUAUCGAAGCAGUAAGAAAAAUUUUCUUUUCACUAUUUCAGCUAGCACCAUUCACUAUUUCAGCUAGCACCGUUAAGCCUGGUCACUAGAGACGAAGUCGAAGCGAUUGGUCUCUACUAUUGGACUCAACUAACCGAAUGCAAACAUAGAGGUGCUUUCGAAUCCGCUACUGACGGUUUCACCCACCUGUGCCAGUUCUUGUGGACUACAAGUAUCGAAGGCUUGCCCGAUCCGAAUAUUUGGCUGGAUGAUGUUUUGUCGGCGAUAUCUGGCGAGAAAGACUUGAAAAAUCUAUGCUCUACCAGAAGAAGUGCUGGCCUUCCUCAUCUUGUAUUUGCAAUCGUUGCUACAGAACCUAAAGAAAAAAGGAACAGUGCUCUUAAAAAAGCAGUUGAUUCACUCAUGAACCGUCAAGGCAAGACCAGCGAGUAUAUGAUCCAUUCGAUGAAUGUUAUGAAGACAAUAAUUCAAAAUGCAGCUCUGCACGAAAGAGCUGUUUUUUGUUACGAGCGGACGCUUUUCGUUGCAAUCGAUUCUUGUCGAGCCGAAUGGAGUGAACGGAAUGCGGCAUCACAAUUAUUCGCUGCACUCCUGACGAAAAUAUUCGGAGUGACGAGAACAGCUCAAAAAACGUUGUCAGUAGACCCCAAGAACAGGAAGAGCAAUUACGAAUUUUUUUCGAAGUUCCCAUCCCUCUACAGCUAUCUAUACAAUCAGCUGCUCAUAGAACGAUCCGAGUUCUCUCUGCUUCCACCUCUCAUUCUUCUCACUCAUCUCUACACUCCCGCUUCGUCUACUGAGUUGUAUCCACUCCGUCCAUUCGUACCACCUCUUCUGGAAAUUGCUUUACGAGAGAAGCGAGAAACUCUCCGAUCGCAUGCCGUUGCGGCCAUUCUUGCCAUUUCGGACAUUUAUUCGAAGGGAGAUCUCUGUAAAUGGAUCGAAAAGUUUGAUUAUAAAAAUGCUCGGCAAAAUCAUAUUCAUAGCUUUCUCAUGCUAAUUGAAGGACUCGGACACAUUGCCGAAUAUGUUGAACGUAUUGCUAACGUGGUUGAAAAAAUUGUUCGGAAAUAUGCUUUCAAAAAGUGGAACGACUACAAUAUGAAUCAGAUUUUGACAAUCGCAAACGCAUUUGGUAUUAAAUUCGACGUUGAGGACGUGCCACUGUCAACAAUUUGCUUAACAAAGCGUCCAGUCGCCGUGAAGCUUCUUCAAGACCGCGACGUGUUCAGAACGGAAAUGGGUGAUCCACUAAAAGACGCUGAAGUCAGACGAGAAGUCUUCCGCAUUAUCAGUAAACACGGAUGGGAGGCUUGCACUAUGGUAUGUAUUUUUGAUCUUCUGUCAAACUUAUUUGCAUUUACAGUACCUUCGCGCCUGCAUAAUCACUCUUGCCAUUAAUGAUUUGAACGUUGAGCCGGAUUCCCAGCAGUGUGAUGCCAAGAUAGUAAUAUAACUUUUUCUGAAAUUCCUAAAUUUAUAGUUUGUAGAUGUUGGAGAUUCUUUCUAGUGGCAGGGAGUUUAUGAGCGAGGUUAAUUCCAAAAACUUGAAGAAUUUGAUAGAAAAACGUCUAGAAGAUCCAAAUCUCAAUUGGACGUUGUAAGUAGUUCUUCCAUUUUUUGUUGUUGUGAAUUCAACAUAUUCAGACCAUCAACAAUGGCUUAUGCGCUCAAGGUGAAGUAUGCCACUGCCAAUGCGGAUCUCGAGUUGAUAAAUUGGAUCCGAGAGUGCUGCGAGCUUGAUGACAUAGAAACUAAAGAGGUUUGAACUCAUGUUCAAUAGGCAUACGAGCUUAUUUUUUAAGAUCGCGCUAGAUGUUGGAGGAUUGUUUGUUCUCCGGUUGCCCAUGAAAAAAUCCUAUACUGGUAAUAAUCAUCGUUACGACGAACUAGGGAAUAAUAUUUGUGUGGUUUUAGAGUUGGAAAAAUAUCUCAUACACGCUGUUUCGCUCUAUCUUCAGGACGAAUCGGAGUUUCUUCGUCAAAGGGUGAGUGUGAAAUUCCGUUUUUAUUUACCGUAAAACCUGCGUGUAUAAGAACUCCAAAAGUUGAGCGCCGUUUAUGUAUACGAACGAUUUUCGCAUGUUUCAAAUCAUCUUAAAAUUUCAAGAUUAUCAGAAAAAGAGGAAACAUAUAGGUACAUAACAUAACGUACAUACACUUCCAAUUAAAGUCUCACAGUGUUCCUAAAAAAGCUAUUGCAGACUGCCUUCUAUUUGAGUCAUCUGAUAAAAAGUAGUUGUCAAGGGGCCAUCAAUCCAGCAAUAUGCCGUUUGCUCAUUAUUAAAUGGUGCCUGAAUGAGGGAGACGAAAAUCUGGCAGACUACAUUUGUGAGAAGAAACAUGUGGAAGAAGUUAGUCUUUUUUUCGCAAAAUAUUAGUAAACAAAUAAUUUCAAAUUUCAGACAGAUGAUCUCUUUGAUGCAUGUGCUCUCAACCAAUUCGCAGAGUAUGCGUUCUUCGGUGACAUCCGAAUGUACGAGUCAAGUCUCGGAGUAGGCGAAGUGAACUCAGAGAUGUACGAUAUUGAAUUUUGA